AGAUCGUUAGGUGAAAUCCUUUGUGCUAUGUUGCGUCUGGUUGGAUAUCAGUUAGUUUGCGAUCGGAUUUCACCAGCGACGAUACGGUGCGCGAUUGUUCGAAAGUGAAACUCGGUGUAUGUAGUCUGUGGGAACGGCGACGAUCAUAAUCGAAUAUGUACUAGAUAUCAAAAGUGUUGCGCAACUUGAGCAUAACAAUUCAAUUAAUUACAUGUGAUAUUGAUUAACAUUUAUGAUCCAAUGAUUACCAAGUUUUUAGGAUAAGUGCUCUAUUUAAAACCGGGCCAGGGAAAUUGUGAAACCAAGAAACCGACCCAAGUGAAAAACAGGAUUGCGAUUCGAUCGUAGAAAAGAAAUGUGCCAACGAUGAUAAGUAUCCGUGAUGGUUGGUGUUCCAGUGGUGUUCGUCGAAGCCGCCAUGGGACCAGUUUUUUUACGACCCCGCAACGAUUGGCAAUCGCGAGCUUAAUUGUUCUGUUGGCUGAUCGAUCUUGUGCAAGCCCGGAGGAUCAUGUGUGCUUUCGAUAUGAGAGCUACACCGAACUCGAGAUGGUUCCCCGCAACCAAACCGUGCAGGUACUUACCAGGGAAUGGUGCCUGGAGAUCCCACCUCGCUGUACCUCCUACCGACCGGAGAUCAAGGAAGUCUACGUGAAACAGAACGUCACCAGAAUGCGAAAAAUCGAAUACUGCUGCGAAGGCUACGAGCAGAUUCUCGCAGAGGAAGCCACCACCCCCACCGUUGCUACAACCCUUUCCUGUCGCCCCGUCUGCCGCGGUGGCUGUGGACGUGGCCUGUGUGAAUUGCCCAACAGUUGCACUUGCGAGGCCGGCUUCACCGGAAAACACUGUACCCAAAGAUGUCGCACCGGAACUUGGGGCGAGAAUUGCAAACACCGAUGUCACUGUCAGAACUAUUCGUUGUGCGACAGCAAAUCAGGUCAUUGCCGGUGUACGGAUGGAUGGAUCGGGAAUCACUGUGAGACGUCUUGCCCCAGUGGAUUCUAUGGAACAUUGUGCAAGAGUCAAUGUAACUGCAGUACCAGCAGAUGUGACCCGGAAAGUGGUAAAUGUUUAGCGGAGGACGGUCUCGUCAUGUUCGAAAAUAUCACUCGAACCGUGGAAAAAGACUAUUCGGGUGAAAGCACAGAGCGAAUUUUGAUGAGUCAGUGGGUCAAAGUGGACAGUACUUCCAGUACAACUCCGCAAGUCACAACUGACAACGGUGAUAUCGAUUCGAUCAAUUCAACCUAUGCUCAAUCUUAUCAGGAAUACUUACCAUUAAAUACAAACAUCACCUUAAUUCCGAUGGAGAAUUCAACGACCACGACUGAGGAAUCGAAACAUGAUACCGUAUAUGAGAUUGUGGCAUCUACGACCAAAGUUGAAAUCACCUUCAUUGUAUCAUCAGAAUCGUCCACCACCGAACACAGUAAAAGUUCUAAAGGACCGGAACUGGUCUUUGUCGAAUCGGAUGACCGUACGGAUUUAGUCGAAGUUGUAGAUGAUAAGAAAGAUUCAAACAACGAAGAUCCAGAUGAGCAAGUCAAUCACACACAGGCCGUAGUUACCAUUUCGAGCCUGCUGUUGGCUCUAGUGUUACUCCUGUCGGUAGUGGCUUAUAUGAAAAAAAUCAAUCGGAAAACUAUGAUGAAGCAGCAACAGAUGAUUCAUCAGCAUCAGCAGCAUCAACGGCAAACAUCUGUCAACGGAGAACGGGGUCCCGACAGUCCAAGAAUAUUGGAACCACUACCGGACAUACCGAAAGUUAUCUACACCAGAGUGAAAGCAAAGAACCAUCGGGAGGGAAAUGGCGAACUUGAACACUACGAUGUCCCGAUCAACAACACCUCGGUGAACAAAUCAUCCCCGUACAAUUACAAUUUCACCCUGAGUAAACCGCCUCCGGGUCAUCAUCACCUGCCGGCGCGGAAGUACAGUCUGGAGCACAUCUACGAUGAAAUUCAAUAUCCUCCGAUGACGGAUUUGAAUAGUUCGACGACGUCGGCGACUGGGGAAAAUACAGACGAAGACCACUUUUCGAAAUCAAUCCUCGCCGAUACGAAGAUGGCACCGGUGAAGGUUAUCGAUGAGAUUAAAGGAAAGCAGUAAUAAAUUAUGAGUGUUGUUAAUAUUGUA